AGUGGUGCUACGCCGUUACCGCUCCUCUUUUCUUUUUAGGAAGAAUUGAAACUCUUUCACUAUACCCGUACUUUCAGCAAAUCCAGCUGCCUUUUUCUACUGUUUAUUCCCCUCAUCAUCAAGCAACCUUAAGAAAAAACUCUCAAGCUCCUUUCUCACAGGUGCUCGAUUGCAGUCUACCUUAUUGGGCAUCCUUGGCGUUAUCAGUCGUAUUCCCUACCUGUUGCUGAGUUAGUCACCAUGUCAGGCACCGGCAGCGGACACGAUCAGUCUACGGACGUCUUCUCCGCCGAGGGCCGCGUCUUCCAGGUGGAGUACGCCGGCAAGGCGGUGGACAACAGCAGCACGGCAGUCGCGGCGUGCUGCAAGGACGGGGUGGUGCUCGCGGUGGAGAAGAUCCACUCCAGCCGCAUGCUGGAGAACAACUCUAACAACCGCAUCCACGCCGUCGACCGCCAGGCCGGCGUCUGCAUCUGCGGCUUGCUGCCGGACGGCCGCGCCAUCGUCUCGCGCGCUCGUUUGGAGGCGGAGAACAGUCGAGACAUCUUUGCGACUCCCAUUCGCGGCUCCGUGCUGGCCAACCGUGUGGGGGAGUUCAUGCACGUGUACACCACGCACUAUGCCUACCGCCCUUUCGGCUGCUCUGCCAUCAUCGCGUCCUACUCGGACGACGGCCCGCAGCUGUUCGUGAGCGACCCCAGCGGCACGGUGGCUGGCUACUACGGCAUCGCCCUUGGCAAGGCGAAGACGGUGGCGAAGAGUGAGCUAGAAAAGUUGGACUUUGCGAGCCUCACCUGCGACGAGGCGGUGGCGAAGUUGGCGAAUAUUUUGCACGAUGUCCACGAUAAACAGAAGGACAAGCUGUACGAGGUGGAGGUGGCGUGGGUGUGCGACAAGUCGGACCGCAAGUUCGAGCACGUUCCGGCCGAGAUGAUCCCACCGCCGCCGUCUAGCUAA